AACAAGUUUUUUUUUCUGUUAUCUGUAUGUUUGUUUUCUAAACGUCUCGAGUUCGUUAAAUAGUAGCGACGGUAUAAGAUGGACCGCGUAAGUAUAUACAUACUAUCCCAUAUUUCCCAAUCUCGAACAAAAAACAGCACUUCAAAUAAAUAUUCUUAUCAACAGUUUAUAACUGAGUUUUACGUAGAUUUUUUUCGUGCAAAAAAAGCACCAAAGCUCUAAUGUAACCCGUUUGUACAUUAACACUAAACUUACGAUACCAAAAAUGACGUCAACGGUAAGGAGAAACUUCACAUUGUUCAUGAACUGCAUCACCCAAUGUCGGGAUAAUGGAAAUUAACAUUUUAAUCGGUUCUGGUCAAAAGCACGUUAAUUAGCAUAUGAUGAUAUAUCGACGUGCAAUAAAACAGACGUUGUGUAACCAACAUUAUGAGUUACGGUUUGUUUGAUUUUUUCCGUUAAAAACACACAGGUCACGAGAUGGGACCUCAGUUGUGUUAGAUUCCGUUAAUGUGACACAGAUAUUCAAGUUAUUUAAAUUCGAGAUAUUCGCGAUUUCUUUAUUUAAAAAAAUAUUUCAGGAUAUUUUUGAAAUAUCCUAAGAAACUCAAGAUAUUUCAAGAUAUGGAGGAAACGAAGCAAUUAGAAAGAAGUUCAAUUACAGAUUCGUUUCGAAGCACCAUGAUGACGUCAUCAUUACCUAGCAUGACGCCAUAUCCCACUAUGACGUCACAGGGGUCGCAAAAAGGCAAACGUCGUUCCCGAACGACAUUCGAUCCGCACCAAAUUAAUGAACUUGAGAAAGUUUUCCGAACCACCCAUUAUCCAGAUAUUGGGACCAGAGACAAGUUAGCUGCCCAAAUUAAUCUACCAGAAGCAAGAAUACAGAUCUGGUUCCAGAACAGACGAGCUAAAUGGAGGAAGUCUGAGAAACUAAGUCACUUCGGUGGAUUGCAACAUCUAACGGAUAUCGAUGUUGUGCCUGCUCCCAAACCUGACUUCGUCAUCAGGUCAAAGCAUUCCGAGGAAAGACCGCCCUCUCGCGAGAAAUCCCAGGAGCGAUCACCGACCGUUAGAGGGCAGAACAACGAUGACGAAAUGUCAAAAAUGUGGGGUGAAAUUAACCAACAGAGAGUUCUCUCCCAGUUCCUACCCUCACUUUACCCCUCCUACCCCAUGUUCCCUCCAUCGCACGCAACUUUAGCUGCCCUACUAUCCGCUAGGAUGCACCCAUCUAUGAUGUCAUUACCGAUGACGUCACAGAAACUUUUCGGUAAUUUUCCAUUAUCGUUUCCCUUACUGCCUCACACCGAUACUCCAUCAUCGUCGACGCCCCAGUUCAAUGUCCCAGACUCUCUGCUGACACCACCGUUAGUAAUUGGCGAACAUAAUUCUAGUGAUAACCAUUCAAAGUGACGACAUGUUAAUUGAAUGAACAAAAGUUACUUUUUUAUCCUUAUGUGGCAGGACAACAACAGUCGUUACGUCGUUACAACAAGGGUGUUUUGUUUCAUACAUCUCGUUUCCUUUUUACCACGUAUUAAACUUUGUGGGUGAUUGGUUUUGUUUGAUUUUUUAAUGUAAGGCUAUCAACUUAGACAACCCGUUAUGCACCACCAGGUUGGAGCAAUUUUAUUUCCUUUUACUGCAUAUGCUUCAGUAUUUAUCUCGUACUAUACCAAAUAUAAGUUUUCUGUAAAAAAUAAAAUAUUUUAUGAUGUUUAUGACCUGAGUUUCGAUGAGCAUAGAAAACUAAAAUAAUUUUAUUUUUUAAAAAAAUUUUGGGGGGCUUUUAAUAAAAGUAUUGUGUUGUUUACUCAUUUUCUUUGAAUUUAGCGGUUUUAAAAACCAGGAAACUAAAUUUUGAUCAAUUUAAUGUUAAAAAGUUGUUACUGUAAGAAGCUAAACUGUAUUAUUAGUAACAUUCCAACGCAUUGUUCAAAAUGUUUAAAGAUAUAGAUUUGAUAAGAGGAACUGUUAUUGUGUUGGCUAUGUAAAUAAUAUUGGCUGGUUCCUUAAGUCAAUAAAGAGUUUUUAUUGAGUAACAUAUCUGUAUAGGAGUUGUUAGUUGUACAGGCUUUAGGCUUAAUAUAGCGUUAAAGGUAUUUUUAUGUUUAUAAGUUUCGUACCUCGUACGUUAUGAAUCCAAGUUAUAAGAAGUUAUGUAAUGUA